CAUGUGUUCUGUCCCUACAGUGUAUGUUUUCCUCGUUUUGAUGUAGUUCUUCGCUUCUUUCGUCGCCGAUGCCCUAAGUCGCAUGCGGUACGCGCCUUGGAGAGGCCCAGCAUUGGCCUCCUUGAGGAUUCAUCGCCGAGGCGGCACCUCUUUGGCAGGUCGGCCCGAGGUGCAGUAUCGCGAGGCACCUAUCAUUACUGCGGAUCUGUUGCCGCAGCCGAUCAACCUGCAGAAGUUCCGGGACUUGGUCAACACCGAUCGGAGCACCACCCUGAAGUGGGGCCAGGGCAAGGUCUUGUUCUGUGAUGGCUUGGGCGGCACCGCCAGCAGCGCCGUGCUCUUGGCCGAGGGCUGUGUGGUGUGUUGGCAAGCCACGGAGGCACAAAGGCGGCUUUUGCUGGAGAAGGCGGCCAGCUGCCCCGAGACCCGUGGCCGGCGCUUCCGCUCCUUGGGCGAAGCACGCGAAUCCUUCGGCUCACCACGCUCACCAGCUGUGAGCAGCGAAACGUUGGACCUGGGCGAGGCCGCGCCAGGGCAAAAGACGCACAUGAACUCCAAUGGGAAGCUUGCCUUGAGCAUCGAUCCCGAGGAUCGCACUAUGGACCAGAUCGCCGUGUCACUGGGCAUGGCCGUCGCCGUGCGAUUGGAAUCCCUAGAGGAAAAGAUCGAGAAUUUGCUGGAACAAGAUUGGAAGGCACUGGAGCGACUGGUGAAGCGUUUGGAAGACCCCUGGUACUUGAUGGUGAGCCUGAAAGACGUCUCACAUCGGAUUUUCAAGUACGAGCACAUGAUCCACAAGUUGCGUUACGAGCUCAACGCCGAAGCGGGUCUGCUGGACUCGCCCGAUCUUUUAUGGGAGAAUGCCACGGCGGAGAAGCUGCAUGAUAAGGUGGUGGCCCACUUCGAUGUGCGGCGGCGAACGGAGGUGCUGAACCAACGGCUGAGCUACUCUUUGGACUACCUUCACACCUUGGGAGAACAUGUGAGGCACCUCCAUUCGGUUCGCCUGGAGAGGAUGAUCAUCAUCCUCAUCACCCUGGAGUUGGGGGUGGGCAUCAUGGGCCUCUCUCCAAAUCUGGCGAGUUGGCCGAGCCUGGUCCUGGCCCAGCAUGGACUGUUCUAGCAUUCCUCUCCUCAGCGAAGCGACAGAACACUGGAAGGCCUACGGAACAGGGGACAUUCCGCCCUCUUUGGUGCCCGACCACCAAAGAGGAAGGCGUGCAGAGAAAAGCCUUAAAGCGGGUGUCUCACCAUAACAAGCCGAUUCCUUCAGCACCCUGAGUGGAAGUGAAGAACAUACCAAAGUACACGUUGAAUAUCGUUGAAACAUCGUUUGGGUCGUAGCUGAGUGGCUUCCCU